GCAUCAUCACAACACUGGCACAGCCCACAGCUUCCUCUGGCCGGAUAUCGCAGGAGGACGACAGGGAAUUUAGAGGUUAAAUUAAAAACAACAACACGAGAGACCAGGGAGGCUGUGCGCCAAGGAGCCGAGGAGAAACCAGCACCCAUCCUUGCAGCAGGAGCAGCAGGAGGAGCAGUGGUGGUGUUAGUACAGAAGCAGGAGCAGAUUCGAGGAUUUUCCGUGUCGGUUUCCCCGUGCUCCGCACACCCUGUGCCUUUGAACCAGCAGCGGGGAGGAGGGGAGGACCAGAGAGGAGGCUGUGCAGAAAGGAGGAGGACCAUGGAGGGGAUGCAGGCAUACGGAGCCGGGAAAGCCGGAGGAGCCUUCGACCCCGUCACCUUCUUCCAGCAGCCUCAGACCAUUCUCCGCAUAGUGUCUUGGCUCUUUUCCAUCGUGAUCUUCGGCUGCAUCGCCAACGAGGGCUACAUCAACCGCCCCGACGAAGUGGAAGAGUACUGCAUCUUCAACCGCAACCAGAACGCCUGUAAUUAUGGCGUCUUCAUGGGCUCCAUGGCCUUCCUCUGCUGCAUGGCCUUCCUGGCUCUGGACGUCUACUUUCCCCAAAUCAGCAGCGUCAAAGACCGUAAGAAGGCAGUGCUGGCUGAUGUCGGGGUGUCAGCGUUCUGGUCCUUCAUGUGGUUUGUGGGUUUCUGUUUCUUGGCAAACCAGUGGCAGGUGACCAAACAUGAGGACAACCCACUGAGGGAGGGAGGAGACGCUGCCCGGGCAGCCAUCACCUUCUCCUUCUUCUCCAUCUUCACCUGGGCGGGCCAGUCCUUCCUGGGCUUCCAGAGGUACAAGCUAGGGGCCGACUCAGCCCUCUUCUCCCAGGACUACACGGACCCCAGCCAGGAUGCAGCCGGAGCCCCUUACACCUCCUUCGGUGGGGACGACCUGGAGAGCCCAGGAGGAGGAGGGGGCCAGGCCAACAGCGACGGGGCCUUUGAUGGCACCGGAGGCUACCAACGUCAGGAAUACUGAGAAAUAUAAUAGUGGGGGGAAGACCUUGUGAAGUUGCCCAUAGUUCCUAAUUUAGAGCAGGGUUUGUAUAGUUUCUGUCACACUAAAAACAAUUACAGUUUGGUUAAUAUCGCACAGACGCAAUACCAGUACCAAUGGGUUGUUUUGGCCCAGUGUUAGACACAACAACCACCCCAAAGUCAAAAAUUCUAUUUACAUUGUAGUUCAGCUGAGCAGGACUCCAUUAACGUUUAAACCCACUGCCUCUGCACACUCGUCGCCAGACUCCCUUUACACCUCCGCUGGACUCUGCGUUGUGAUUUUUUUUCUUCAUAGUUGCAGUGGAGUGUCUUGUGGAGAGAAGGAGGCUCCAGACGCAGGGUUUGGGAUUGUGGUUGAGACCUUGACUGCAGUUUAUCUCACAGUGACACUCAGUAACAUCUCUGUUGCUGGCAUCACGUCCUCAACAAAAUCAUCAACCUUGCAGGGCAAGAGAAAAUAAAAUUUGAAAAACAUUGCGUCCUAAACAAAAUCUCAAAGCUACAGUGCCCUGCUGGGGACAAACAGUGUGAACUGCCACGCUUGCUGCAAAAUAGACAGCAUGAUAGCGCCUCCCACUGGCUUAAACAGGUAGCUGUCUGACAUUUACAUCUGGAGCUGUCACUAACAUGAGCUGCUCACGCAUGAGUAGAUGCACACUUCCUUCUGUGCAGUGAUACAGGUGGUGGUUGUAGUUCAGUAGAAAGAAAAUAGUUCCUACAUGGUUUUGUAGUUUAUCCUGAGUAACAGCAUCAUUAUUUCUGGAGAGAGACGUUACUGCUGAGUUUGUCAAAUGUGCUUUUUCGCUCUUUGAGCACCAAAUGACAAGUGCUAUCUAGUCUUAUUAUAUUUGAGACAAGGCAGACAUCUCUAUGGUCGAUAUCUCACACCAGAACAAUCUGGAUUGAUAAACAGCACUACAGGUAACAGGAAAAACAUGUAUUUUUGAUUUGGGGAUGCACUGUUUCUUUAAAUUUUACCUUAAAACUGUCACAAAUCGGUUGUUAAAGCUACACUGGGUGACUUUUCUAAAAAAUAACUUGUUAUAUUUGCUGAAACUGUCACCACAUCCUGAUAAGAGUACAUGAGACGUUAAUCUGUGGGGGGAAAAACACGUUCCUCUGCCUCCACCGUGCCUGAACGAAAAACAACCAAUCAGAGCCAGGAGGACUCUCUAACGCAGUGUCAAUCACAGCUCGUGCACAUGCUGCAGAACUCCAGUGAAGCUCAAGCUGGGCUCUGAUUGGUUGUUUUCAUUCAGGGGCAGUUGCAAAUGCUAUUAGAAGCACUAAGAGGAGGAACAUGAUUUCCCCCCCACAAAUUAUCUGUUACAUUCGCUACAGUCAGGAUACAGUGACAGUUUCAGCAAAUAUAGCAAAAUGUUUUUUUCUAUAAAACUUACCUACUGUAGCUUUAAGUGUACAAAACAAUCAGAGAAGGACACUUAAAACUGCAAAACAAUAAAUAACAAAUAGUCACAUGUAAGGUUUAAAAAAGCUAACACCAACACUGAAUGAGAACAACCCAUUGUGAUUUUUUUUUAAUGCAAGGGUACUGCGUAGAGCGGAGACAUUAUUGCAUUAGUGCUAUAUGAACUCAAAUUGGGUCAGUUUUGACAUAAUGACUUUUAGUGCGAGCAUGCGUGCAAAAAUGAAAGCACUUAGCUGGGAGGAGAAGUUGGUGGAUUUCAUGUCUGUGACAUGUCAGUUAUCGGGCUGAUUUCCAUAAAAAGCUACAUUUGUCUCUGAGUCAGAAACUGUGGGCAACUUUACAGAUUUUUGGGACAAGAUGUCAAUUAGGUGUGAGUCUGCGGUAGAACAAGAGCAAGGGGUUCAGGGUAUCCAUGGGAAAAGGUAUUGGGAUGUAGAGAGUCACUUGGUGCAGUUAAAGAUGUCAGGAACAAUUUAGGGGCAUAAAAGGAGUGUGGGAAGAAUCGGGAGGUCAAAGGUUUGCAGAAUCGGUCACUCUGUAGCAGAUCAAUGCUUGUGACCACAUUGCCUUCAUCCUCUAAGGUCUGCUGUCAGUAAGCAAAACGAUCAGUGUUAGUUGAAACACACACAGACACAUGAAAAACACACACAUGCAAGCACAGGACAUACAGAUUUUUAACAUACAACACAAGUUUCUGCUGACGAAACUCCUUAGAGGUGCAUUACAGGAUCUCAGCAUAGACAAACAAGCAACAGUGGCAUAUCUGGCAACUAAUCCCCUCAGUUGUAACACAGGAGUGUGUUUGUGCAUGGGUCGAAAGGUCUCCAUUGGGUUUUUGUUUUUAUGUGUGGGUGUGGGACAGUGUGUCUUUUCUUAUUUCCCUUAAGAACCCGCUUUUUCUUUCCUCGAUUGUUGCCUUAGUGCUGACUGCCAAGCAAAAUCCAACGAACACAGGGCAACAUAAAACCCAACAUGCACCAUAUCACAGUUCUCUCUCAGCAUCUUUAGAGCAAAAAUACAGCCGAUAAAAUUGUUUUUGUCCCCUGGCACACAGAAACCCCGAACAAAAUUAGCAUUUGUCGACAUUAUAGAGCAUCCAAAAUAAAAACGUUUCGCAUCAGCAGGCCUACAGACAACCUACCACACUGAUAAACUACAGGUAAUUUAUCUUUUUCCCAUUUUAUUUCAACAAAUCUGAUGAGGCAACCACGAACAUCCUGAGUAUUUAUGAACAUGCUCCAUUUUCUUAAAGAAUAAAGUAUAUCUAUCUCUCUAUAAAUAUAUGUAAAUCUAUAAUUCAGUAUAUUAGAGUGUUUGGAAAAAAGAUUAUGCUUUAUUUUAGGGCAUUAUGCUAGUUCUGUAUAAAAAAAAGAAAAGACUAAAGAAAGAAGAUCUAUGUUCUGUUGAGUGUUAUUGUGAUAAGAUAUAUGGUGAGGUCAUCCACGCCUCAUAUUUUACGUUGCUUUCAGGGUAAGGAGAUGUUUUUAUUUUGGGAUAAUAAUACUAACUAUAAGAAAAAAAUACAGCAACAAAAAAUGUGACCAAAUCAUCAAAGUAUAUAUGCACAUAUAUACUUUAAACUGUACAACUAUGUAGACGUAGAAACGUGUGAUGUUCCUUUGUGAAAUCUGUCGAAAAAAGCAAGGUAAGAUUUAAGACAAAAAAAGGUUGUGUACAAAUGUAUGUUUUUGUUGUGUUUGAUUUUAACCAAUAAAAAUAAAGAAAAU